AUGAAAUUUGAGGAGUUUCUUCUGGAGGUGGAUGGCUUUGGGAAAUACCAGAUACUGGUAUACCUGAUGCUUUGCCUGCCCAGAUUGGUCAUUCCCAUGCACUUCCUACUACACAAUUUCAUCUCAGCCUCACCAUCUCACCAUUGUAUUAUCCCAAACUUCACUGGCAUUUCUAACCUCAGCCAGGAUGAAAUUCUCCUCACCAGCCUUCCAAGACAACCUGAUGGGACACUGAGUUCCUGUAAAAUGUUCUCUAGACCACAGUAUCACUUGCUGGUAAAUUCUUCCCGGAAUAUGGACAACACAUCAUCCAUUCAGAGCUGCCAGCAAGGAUGGGUCUACGAUCACUCACAGUAUGUAUCAACCACAGCUACUGAGUGGGACCUGGUGUGUGAGAAGAAAAGCCUAAACCAAGCUAUUGCUACCUUCUUCUUUAUUGGGGUUACCCUUGGAUCUGUACUCUUUGGCUACUUGUCUGACAGAUUUGGCCGGAGGAGGAUUCUUCUGCUCGCUUUUGCUGUCACGCUGUUCUUUGGAAUCAUGACUGCUUUUUCAGUGUCCUACCUGAUGUUCAUUGUCAUGAGGUCACUCUGUGGGGUGGGGCUCACAGGCAUAUCUAUCAUCUCCUUGAUCUUAGCUGUAGAGUGGACAGACAUCAAGCAUCGCACCUUCUGUGGCACCAUCAGUGGCAUUUCCUGGUCUGUUGGAUACAUGAUCUUGGCACUGCUGGCUUAUCUGAUCCGAAGUUGGCGUUGGCUCCUGCUAGCUGUUACAUCUCCCUGCCUCCUCAGUAUUGUCAUUUGGUGGUGGCUCCCAGAAUCUGCCCGGUGGCUUCUGACGAAGAAGGAGGUGGAGUCAGCACACUCCUACCUUUCUAGAUGUGCCAAAGUCAAUGGCAAGAAGGACUUCCACUCCAAGAUAACCAUGGAAAUCCUGCAGAAGACAGUGAUUACAGAUGAGUCACGGAACUACUUCUACUGGCACUUGCUGAAGACGUCUAAACUGAGGAAGAUUACACUUUGUUCUGCUACUGUAUGGUUUGGUGUAUCAUUCACAUACUACGGCAUCACUCUAAAUAUCAGUGGUUUCAGCUUGGAUCCAUACAUGACGCAGUUUAUGUUUGGGGCCAUUGAGAUCCCUGCCAAAGUGUGCGUCUAUUUUGUCUUAGAUCGCAUUGGCCGCAGGCACUGUCAGGCAUGGACUCUGAUUGCGACUGGAUUCCUCAUUGCACUAAAUUCAUGCAUCCCUGCAGAGCAUGGACAUGUCCGAUCUGCUGUGGCCAUAUUGGGGAAGGGUUUCUCUGAAGCUUCUUUCACUACGGUCUUCCUAUAUACAGCUGAACUUUACCCUACUGUACUCAGGCAAAGUGGCAUUGGCUGCUGUUCAUUUGUGGCACGGAUUGCCAGCUCCUUAGCUCCUAUGAUCAUGUUAUUGGAUGAUACCUGGAGAUACCUCCCACCUGUGAUAUUCAGUACAGUGGCAGUGUUGUCUGGAAUGGUGGCCUUUCUGCUAACAGAAACUACCAACAUCCAGUUGCCAGAGACUAUCGAAGAUGUGGAAGAUGACAGGGUGAACAGGUACUUCUAG